CCUCUAUCCCAUGCUGCGGAACAACCAGGCAGCAACGUCAGAAACCAAGGAAUACCCAAAAUUAUUGCUUGUGAAUACAGAACCCUCCCAAUACACCCAGAUGAGCCGGCCCCUAACACCCGAAGCCGAAUCGUUCCGAGUGCAAAUCAAAGACAUCAUUUCAAAGGCAGAUGACGGUACUAUAAACAAUGUGGAUCGUCUCGAGGCUCGUGAUGGGCGAAUACUAUAUGUAGGGGUGCCUCUCUCGAUGAAAAUCGGUGACCUAAUGAAGCACUCCGGGUUAUCAGCUGAAUGGGGCUUUACUGUCUUCACUUUCUCUCAUCGGAGGGCAGUGCAGAAUCCGGAUCGGAGUAUGUGGCUGGUCCCACUGUCAGAUCGCUCAGAAUUGAUAUGCGGUGGAUCAUUGAAGGAAGGCUCCCUUACGCAUGUCACGGAACCGGAACCCAUUAUUAAUUCAGGAUCCACGGUAAUAGUUUUCAUGAAGUUUAAGUGAUAGGGGUUCUUUUGUUUUCACCAUCCAUAUGUGUUCAUGUGCCCAAGGCUUCCCGGCCUUUGCUUCAGCGUAGGCAGACCAGUCAGUUGACCCUUCAUUCGUGUUACGUCUUCCCUUAAAAGAGCAUCAAAUUGAACCCAAAAAACUGCAAUAUAAUUAUUCAGCGUAUUUAACCUCGCAAUCUCGGCUAAGGCGCUCAGAUUUGAAGAUAAGAAGUGUCAUAUGGUUGCCAAUGUCCCGCCCCAGGCCCAUCAUUAAGAUUCAUGGUGCUCGUAACCGGUAGCAAAUUUGAAUGAUGAUCCUCUUGCCUUUGAAAAUAAUCCGACGAUUCUCCAGACUCUUCAGUCACAACCGCUCCAUGUAAGAUGGUCCGCGUC